AUGGGCUACAAAGCACAACACGUCCAGAUUCUAAAAUACUUGGCACUUGUUAGCCCAUAUCUGUCUUCCUUGUCUGCUGCAUCUCUUGGUAAAACGGGGGAAGCAUCUGAAGUUCCUCUGCUCAAACACAAUGCUAUUUUACCCGGGAUCUUGUCUGUGACCGAUCACAUUCACUAUGACACAUGUCUCCACCGCGAGCGCUUGGUCCCGAUCACUUCGGCGAUUCAACCUCACGGACUAGACGCCGACCAUAUGGGCUGGCAUGUAGGGCAGCCCAAGCGCUGGCGCUUACCUCCUUCGAACCAGGACCGGGCUCCGCGACCAAAGGACGUGUUCGUGGCGCUGGCCCUGGCAUAUUUAGGCUAG